UCCCAACAGCAGCGACUGUUAGGAGAUAGCUGGGUGGCAGGGACAGGGGGAAAGGGGCUUUUCUCUGUGGCCACCUGGGAAAAGCCAUGUAAGAUCCCUGGCUUGUCGAGACAUAAAAUACAGAAAUAAUUCGAUUUAAUAACCGGUAAUGCAAAAAUCUGUAAAAACAGAUUCAUUUAUUCAUGAGGAAAUCUGUGGAUACAUGAGGGAAAUCGACGGAUCCAAGAAGAAGACGCUGGAGUAUUAAAAAGAGGACAGAAAAACAAAAGAAAAGUUACUGUAAAGUGUGAAGUGCGCACCGGAUCUUCAUGGACACGCUCAGAAAUCCCCAAACCAACUCCAAAAGAAGAAACCCCGACAUGUUCAGCACCAAGGAUAUCUCCAAUCAGUUUUGAUGUCAGGUGAAGGUGAAGUCAGACUGACGGAGGUUUUAUCUUUAGCCAGGUAACAGACUAAAACAGCUUUACUUUCUGGUCGGUGCGUUAUCUGGCUGCGGUGAGGCAUGAGUGGAGGUCGCUUUGAGUUUGACGACGGCGGAGCUUAUUGCGGAGGCUGGGAGGGAGGCAAAGCCCACGGCCAUGGCAUCUGCACCGGGCCCAAAGGCCAGGGCGAGUUCUCCGGCUCCUGGAACUACGGCUUCGAGGUGGUGGGAGUCUACACCUGGCCAAGCGGAAACACCUACGAGGGGUACUGGUCGCAGGGGAAGCGUCACGGUCUGGGAUUAGAGACCAAAGGACACUGGAUUUACAAAGGGGAAUGGACUCAUGGCUUCAAAGGGAGAUAUGGGAUCCGGAUCAGUGUUGGCAGUGGAGCAAAGUAUGAAGGAACAUGGAAUAAUGGGCUUCAGGAUGGAUAUGGAACAGAAACAUAUGCUGAUGGAGGUACUUUCCAGGGUCAGUUCACUGGCGGGAUGCGGCAUGGCUAUGGGGUCCGUCAGAGUGUCCCCUAUGGCAUGGCAGCAGUUGUCCGCUCCCCUCUUCGCACCUCCCUGACCUCCCUUCGCAGUGAGCACAGCAACGGCACCGUAUUGCAGCAAGACAUCCCCAUCAUCACCACCACCAACGCCUCAGGUGAGGAGACACCCGUCGCCACCCCUACACAGCUGGGACCGUCCCGUGGAGGCUUCGCCCUCACUCUCCAGGUGGACCCAGAGGCUGUGAAACCCAAGAAGAAGGGCCUAUUCCGCAGGGGCUCCCUGCUGGGUAAGCUGAAGAAGUCCGACUCAAGUACCUCGCUGUCCAGCCAAAAGAGCAAGAUCAGCUUCCUGAGGACGGAAUCAGCUCUCAGCUCCAACGCCAGCGACACCAACUCCACCAUCAGCAUCGGGGACGAGAGCCUGGCCGGCGCCGAGGACUUCCCCCCAGUGGAGGCUGACAUUGACGCCACCACCACAGAGGUCUACAUGGGCGAGUGGAAGAACGACAAACGCUCAGGAUAUGGAAUAAGCGAAAGGUCCAGUGGGCUGAAGUACGAGGGCGAGUGGCUGAACAACCAGAGACACGGCUACGGCUGCACCACCUUCGCCGAGGGAGGGAAGGAGGAGGGCAAGUACAUGAACAACAUGCUGGUGAAGGCCAUGAAGAAGAGGGUGAUCCAACUGAAGGGAACCAAGAUCAAGCAGAAGGUGGAGCGGGCGGUGGAGGGCGCUCAGAGGGCUGCAGCCAUCGCCAAGCAGAAGUCAGAGAUCGCCGCUUCCAGGACGACCCAUGCAAAGGCCAAGUCAGAGGCAGCUGAACAGGCCGCUCAGGCCUCCAACAGUGAGUCCAGCAUUGCCAGACUGGUGGCCAAAGAGCUCUCCCCUUCCUUCUACCAGCCAGGUCCAGAGUAUCUGAAGAAGAGAGUGACACAGGAGAUUGUGGAGGGCACCGAUAACACAGAAACUGUCAUGCAUGAGCCGCUGCUAGCUGAGGAGGAGCCCCUGCCCACGCCACCCGAAAGCCCACUCAUGAAUGAACUGGACGGCCUCAUGCCUGGCUCAUCCCCAGGCCGCACCCCCUCUCCCAGCCCAGGCAUCAUCAGCAAGGAAGACCCCAAACUCCUCAGUCCAGGAAGCUGGAAUGAAGACAAAACCAGUAAAGGUGGUGGCAGUAAGGGUAGCAAUAAACCCAACAGCAGGCCCAGUAGUCGCCCCACUACCCCUUCAACCUCCCUUUCUGCUCCCGCCUCGGCUGCACCUGAGGGCGGAGGGGCCCCCAGCAGUCGUGGCCCCUCUCGCACUUCCAGCCGUCAGAGCAACAAGAACGAGCAGGGCUCUGACCUGGAGAUCAAGCCCCUGCAGAAGUUUGACUCCGAGGCAAAAGCUCCAGACGUCACUCCUGCCGCUGCUGCCCCUGUAAGGAAUAGCCUCAUCUCUCCAGAUGAAGAAGAAGCCCCGUGCCCCAGCUCCAAAGUGUUCUCCAAAGCUGUCACCCCCGAGCCUAAAAGCCCCGAGGUCAAAACUGAAAGAGCUCCAUCAGUCCACGAGCGAGCACCGCCCGUCUCUGAGAACAAAGUGGAGUCCAGGGAGGUGAGCAGACCUUCCAGCAAAGCAGAGACAAAGCCACUACCAAAACGGCAACCCAGCCCAGCUCCGUCCCCAAAACCUGCGCCCAAUCUUGAGCCAAAAACAGUACCAAAGCAAGUGGAAGCCAAAGUCAUUGUUGCCAAACCAGCCCCAAAGGUGGAUCCCAAAGCAGAAGCCAGACUGAAGGCUUUGGUGUCGAGCCCAAGUAAUGGGGGGACUACAGAGUCUUUGGAGCUGGAGGGCCCAAAUACCAUAAUGAUCUGCAUGGUUAUCCUGCUCAACAUUGGCCUGGCCAUUCUCUUCGUACACAUUUUGUCAUGAGACAUUGUCCACCACCUCAGGUCACCAGCAGUGUUGGAGAGAGAUGGCCUGCCUCCUCCUCAGUUAGGACCAGAGAUCAAAGAGACCGCUGAGGAGGAAAAUCAGCCUCACGCAGACAGCCGCAGCUCUUCUACAGGUUUUUGUUGGUGUGACUGCGUGAGGCUCUGUGAAGCUCCUCUCUUUCCAGAGGUUUGACAAACUGAAGGACACUGAAUGACUGAAACGAUUCAGUACAUCUGAAUAUGAUGAUGUUUGCAUGUUAAAGUCGGGGCUGCGUGGUAGAGUAUGUUCUCUGUGCUUACACUGGAGAAGCAGGGUGGCACUCAAGAAGUCUCAAUUACAACUUUGUCACAGUUUGUCACAAGUGUGUCAACAUUUUGCAGAAAAGGCUUUUAACUCAAUCCUUAAUUGGCACAUGCUGCCUGGCUCUCACAACACCGAAUCAGGCAGAUUAGACAAACUCAGUAGAUAAUUACGUUUCAUCACAAGAUAUGUUUGUUUGUAUUAUGUAGUCGCCGGCUGAAGGAAUGUUGAUAACAUAUGCAGACUGAAUAUUCUCUCCACUGUGACUUAAACUUGAUUGUUUAGACACAAAGACAACGGCAGCAGACAUGUGAAAGAUUAGGGAGUGAUAACUGCUACUAUCAUUGUUUCAAUUAUCUGCAAUGUGGUUAAAAGGCUUAAAAAGAUUCAUUAAGUGGGAAAUGUGUGUGUCAGUCGCACCAAGAAGCUCUCCAGAAAAUACUGCUGAAAUACUGCAAACUGUAAUCCAAUGCUACUGUAAAGCCAGGUUAUUGUUUUCAUCUUGUUGCUCUUCAGUCUCAUAAGAAAGAGUCCAAAGCAUCAUGAGUUACAUUUCGGGCUAACUGCAUUCUGCAAAAUCUGUAUUUGAGACUGUGGUGUACUACACUGUGAAAUUUAACUGGGAUUUAUAUGCAUUUAUUGUCAUUCUGCUGCUUUGGUUUGGGAGCUGAUGAACCAAAUAGAGAAGGAAAAUAGGAAGAUUAUGAGUGCCACUGCUAUUGUGUAUGUACUGUAUGUUCUUUUGGUGUUUGUCAUACAGUGUUGUUCAGCACCCAGGUGGUUUUUAAUGAGAGUUGUGUAUGUUUUGCAAUAGAAUAAGCAAGCAGACAGGGAAGCUGGGAUUUAUCUUAUUUAAAACAAUCACUGUAUGUUGUAGUAAGGUUGCUCAAUCUACAGAUUUAUAUUAAUACAAUAGUAGCAGCAGGAGGUGGGUUGGGAUGAUGUGUUUGCCUGUGAGCUGUUGUAGCGUUCAUGGUUUCAUGUAUGUUUCAGUGUAGAAAACUGUCCCCACUGUUCCACCGCAUUGUAUUCAGGGCCUGUUGUACUUCAGAGCCAAAUAUUCAGUUCAACUUUUGUACGCAUGAGGGCACUUUGUGUGUAUGUGUUUGUAUUUUUGUACCAUUUUGAAGUGCACAUCUUUUCAGCAUUCAGAAAUUUUCUGUCAUAGGACUUUUGUUAGACGAAAUAUGCAACCCUAAAUUUAUUUAUUUCGCAAAGGAGUCAGAUUGCCUCGUGAUUGUGAGACGGAGAAAAACACAGAAUGCUUCUUAACUCCAUGUCUUACAUUGACAAGAGCACUCUCCAGGUGUGCUGUUUAAUAUUUCUCUAUUGUUCUUUUACCCACGAAAACAUGGGUUUUAAAAAGGACAGAGGGUUUUAGCUGAAAUUGUUUUGCCUUUGAGUUUGCAAAUGAACACACAGACCACUGGUUGUGCAUUGUUUUCAUGCAAAAAAAGGAAAAUCUAGUUUUAAUGAAUCUCCCAUGAUCUCAUAUUUGGAAUACAUUUUUUGGCCUGUAGUUUAACCAUAAUCUAAAUGCAUUAAUUAAUAACAGAAGAGACAAAUUGGCAGAUGAACUCAAUGGUUAAGUGCAAUAAGAAAGUAUUGAUAUAAGUCAGUAUAAUGUAGAAGACAUUUUGUUUUGUCUGUUUUAGUGCAUUUAAUGAAAUCAAAUAACACUGCUGAAUUUGAAGAAAUGCAUUUGUGUAGCCAAACCUGGUCAAAAUUACAAAGCUGAAAUUAAAUAAAAACUUUUACAACA